AUGCAUCUCAUUACUACAAAUAUAGGUCAACAAGCUCCUCUAUAUACAUGUAAAGCACAUAUAUUUCAAGUUGAUCCUGAUACACGAAAAUAUUGGAUUCAAUUAUCAACAAAUGCCGUAAAUGUACAAAUAUUUCAUGAUUCAUUAAAACAUGUAUAUCGUAUUUUAUCUGUUGAUGGUGCGAAAGUAUUUAUUAAUACAAUAAUUACUAAUCGAAUGAAUUUUACAAAAACAUCUCAAAAAUUUUGUCAAUGGGUUGAUUCAAAAGCAAAUCAAGUGUAUGGUUUAGGAUUUGCAAAUGAAAAUGAUUUAACAAAAUUUAUCAAUAAAUUUAUUACAAUAAAACAAGCAGCUAAACAUGCACUACGAAGUCGAAGUGUUAAUACUAAACGAAUAUCUCAUUCAGAAAUAGGUUGGUCAAUUCAAUCAAAUGAAUUCGAUCAUUCAUUAGAAUUAAAAAAAGAAAAUGCUCAUCUUAAACUUGCACUUGUACAAAGUUCAAAUAAUGUAAAAAGUUGGCAAGAAGAAUUAGAAAUAUUACGUAAUAAUAAUGUAAAAUUAACGACAGCAUUACAAGAAAGUCAUGCAAAUGUUGAAGAAUGGAAAAAACAAUUACAUUUUUAUCGAGAUGAAUGUUCUCGUUUAAGACAAAUGGUCUUUAAUCGUCGUUCAGCAAGCGAUGAACAAGUGAAUGAAACAAAAGGAAUGAAAAAUGCUGAUCUAUGUCGUAAAGAACACGAACAAAAAAUUCUUCAACUUGAAAAUCAAGCUCAACAUUAUACUAAACAAAUUCAUUCAUUAAAAGAUCGUUUGAUUAAAACUGAAACAAUUAAUCAAGAUCUUCGUAAUGAAUUACAAAAACGUACAUUACAAGAUUCAAAUCUAAAUGGAACAUCUUCUCGUUCAUCAAAUCGAAAUAUUCAACAAUUAGUACGUCUUCGUGAUCUAUUUGAACUAAAAACGAAUGAUUUUAAUCAUAGUCUUACUUCUAAAAGUCAAGAUUUACAACAAUUAUGUUCACAAAUAACUCAAAUAAUAACUGAAUUUUAA